GGCUCCGGGCCCUCUCGGGACCGCGCGGGGCCCGGGCGGCGGCGCGGCGGGAGGAGGAGGAGGAGGAGGAAGGGGCGUCCAUGCAGCCGGCCCGCGCGUGGAGGAGGCGGCCAUGAACGGCGACCGCACCGAGAGCGACUGGCAGGGGCUCGUGAGCGAGUACCUGGUGUGUAAGAGGAAGCUGGAGAGUAAGAAGGAAGCCCUGCUGAUCCUUUCCAAGGAACUGGACACCUGCCAGCAGGAAAGGGACCAGUACAAACUCAUGGCCAACCAGCUGCGGGAACGCCACCAGUCCCUGAAGAAGAAGCACCGAGAGCUGAUUGACGGAGAUCUGUCACUUCCUCCUGAAAAGAGGAAACAGGCUAAUCUUGCACAACUAUUGAGAGAUUCUCAGGACCGCAAUAAACAUCUGGGAGAAGAAAUUAAAGAACUUCAGCAAAGGCUUGGAGAAGUCCAGGGCGAUAAUAAGCUCUUGAGGAUGACAAUUGCCAAACAAAGGCUUGGAGAUGAAGAAAUCGGUGUACGGCACUUUGCAGCCCAUGAGCGUGAAGACUUGGUCCAGCAGCUGGAGAGAGCUAAGGAGCAGAUUGAGUCUUUGGAGCAUGACCUGCAGGCUUCUGCGGAUGAGCUUCAGGAUGUGAAAGAAGAACGGUCUUCCUACCAGGACAAAGUGGAGAGGCUGAACCAGGAGCUAAACCAUAUCCUGGGUGGGCAUGAGAACCGUAUCAUUGAUGUGGAUGCACUGUGCAUGGAGAACAGGUACCUUCAGGAGAGGUUAAAGCAACUCCAUGAGGAGGCCAACCUCUUGAAAUCGAACAUUGCCAAGUACAAGAAUGCUCUCGAGAGACGGAAAAACUCAAAGGGCCAAGGUAAAUCCAGCAGCAGUGCUCUGACUGGAGUCCUAUCUGCAAAGCAAGUUCAGGAUUUGCUGUCUGAGGAUCACGGAUGCAGUCUCCCAGCUACUCCACAGUCCAUUUCUGACCUGAAAUCUCUAGCAACAGCCCUGUUGGAGACGAUCCAUGAGAAAAACAUGGUCAUUCAGCACCAGAGGCAAACCAACAAAAUCCUCGGGAAUCGGGUGGCUGAGCUGGAAAAAAAAUUAAGAACUCUGGAAGUUUCUGGUUUGUGGAGUCUUCCAGGGGGCAAGGACACCAUACUGUUCAGCGAACCUGCUGUUCCUAGCAUACAGAGGUCAAGGUCCCCACUGCUGAAGCUUGUUGAGCAGCCCACUGAAAACAAAGUGAAUCCCAAGGAUGGGCAGGUCCAGAAGCAAGCAGGAGAUGAAAGCUGUGCCGCUGCUGAGGCGUUGACAGCACCUGAGGAUGCUGGGAGGCCCGCUGUCAGCCCCCCAGCAAGUCAGAGCCACGGGGGCCAGCACAGGCACUUUCCACCUUCGUUACCCCAUUUACCUCAUGAGGAAGAAGAAAUAAGCAGGCUUGGAAGGGAAAUAAUUAAACUGAAAAAGGAACAGGCAGCUGCAGAACUGGAAGGGGUCAGAAGAGAGAGUCCCAUGGUGGGUCAGAGGAGGGAGACAGGGCCGUCCCCGCCGCGCCUGGCCUCCAAGGGGCAGCUCCCCAAGUGUUGCCCGGACUCCUUUGAGUCCAGCCAGCCAGAGUCCGAAGCUUCCACACUGGAAGAUGGCGAAGGGAUCCCAGGGCGGGGAGGCCCAAGGAGUGCCGUGAAGACCUGAAAGGGAGAGGGAUCUGACAUGGUGACACAUUGAAGGCACCACGGACAGCAAGGAAAGAGUGACAUGUCAGGACAGUGUGCCCAAGUGUUUUAUUCUCCUAAAACACCUUCACUUCUGCAAGGGAGAAAACACUCGGAUCCUGUUGCAAACUGUGAAUAUUCUGAUGAUGCCAGUGCAGUCUGAUUUAUUAAACACGGGUCCUCAAGCUUCUCAGUGUCAUCUCGUUCUGCCGAAGAUGUGCUGCUGUGAACACGGCCAGGCACGGGAAUCGUGUCUGCCAUACGGCUGGGUUUAAGUAUCCGUCUUUCUGUCAGCAUUUGUUUUAUUAGAGAUAAGAUGUUUUUCUAUUAUCAUUUAAUGUUGUUGAUCAAAAUUAUGGGAAGAGCUGGAAACGGAUGGGGUUUUUAUCAGGUCCUCGUUUGGUAAUGGCUAGGAGGCUAAAGAGAAAGGUGUAAUUGAGCGUAAUGUAUCCAGAGGGCCUGCGGCUGCACCUCCAUCACAGCAGGGCCCAGCAGGACCUUUCUGCAUGGGUGUUCUUGGCAUCCUGCCUGCAGCGCUGUCUGUCAUGGUGCCGACCUGGCAGGUGGAAAGGGACUUAAGCAGGCUGAGAAGGUUGGCUUGUGGUUUGAAAUCCACAGCCCCUGUUGAAGCCUGUCUGCUGACUGCUGGAGCUGUGUUUUCCAGGCUGUAAAUAUGGAGGAUUAAUUGAUUUGAAGUGAUGGGGUGCAGGGAGCAAGUAAAGGGGGAAGGGGAUCCCAGUUGUGUUUGCUUUUCUGUUUCUGAGAUGAGAAGUAGAACCUGGAAAUGCUGUUUCUCUCCAUCUGACCUGUGCUGCCUAUAGGGUUUUAUGGCCAUUUGGGGUUUGGGAUAGAUCUAGCUGCUUAGAACCAGUCACAUUCCCAGACUGAAACUUCGGACACUUUCCUCUUUCAACGAAAUGUUAAGGCCACCUCCUCUGUGCCACCAGGUACUGGGAUUUUAAAGACAUGUCACAGAGCUCAUAGCCCUAUAAGGGAAAGAGAGAGGAAAACAAGAUAACUUCAUUCCAGCAUGGUAAGGGGACUGUGAAACCAAGUACAAGGUCCAAGGGUGGGACAGGAGGAUGUGGUCAGUUCUACCUGGUUCUUUCCUUUGGGAUAAAAAUUCGCCUUUCUAGGUUGCAUCUGGUGCUGAGGAAAAUCGAAGGGUCAUCAAACCAUAGACUUUGAGAUGAACUCGGUUCAUUGCCCCAGGAAAGCCUGAUACCAGAUCCCAAAGCUCAAAACACUUCUGAGAACCAGAAUCACUCCUGCAGGAAAAGGAGAGGCACCCAGGGUGGUAGAGGUUGAAAAUCCAUCCUAAAAAUCUGAUAUUUAUACCAGGCUGGUGAUUCUAGAUGUGGCAACUGCACGUGGGUGGCCUGCCCAUGCUAAUACUUCUCUGCCAGGCUGCAUCUCCACGCUUCACUCGGCUGGAAGAGCAGGGGGAGCCCCAUCUCAUACUGUGUUGCCUCGCUGUGUAGGAGAGCAAAAGCACAGACCGGAAGGGCCCAGUCCAUUGUCAGAUGCACACUGGAAGGGCCUUCAGCUGCUUUGGUCACCCCCACCUAGUGAGAUGGGAGCAAGCUAGAGUCAGUUCACUGUUGCUCCUGGUGAGGAGGACACACCAUUGGCCCCUGUCCACUGGGCCCCAAUGCCUCAUUCAUUCCUCUGUGUUCCAGCCUAUCCCCCAACCCCCCAGGCCCCUCUCUGCCACCUCCAACUUUCCCUCAGAGGAGGGCACUUCUGCAGCUGCAGAGCUUGCACAGGCCAGCAGCCACCGAAAUAAUUUUCCUGCUGGACUUGGGCCUUAACUGUCUGCAAAUGUUCAGCACUACUGUGUAGGAUGCCAGAUCCACCAAAGGAAAACAAAGCCAAAUUUAAUGCAAUAAUAAUAAAAAGAAAAAUCUUGCCCUCUGGUUUUGACACUCAGUCAGCUGGGUUCACAUCUUCAGGGCCCAUUCAUCACCUCUGGAAGGCAGGCCUUAUAAUAAACUCUUAACACUCCAUCAAGGUCAGGAGAACUGCACUGAGUCCCUGAAAGUCUGGGGUUCAGGGUGUUGGGGGGUCAUAGGGAGUGAUAACCUAUACUCUAUGCUUGUAGUCAGUCUGGGAGGGUCUUGUGUUAUUAGAUGGAAUGGGAGCCAAUGAAUUGAUCUGGUCACACGUAACCAUGAAAACAUCUCAUACACGUAUAUAAUGCUAUUCCACCUCAGCCAUCCGUACCCAACAUGGUUCUUCCAUUCCACAGACAUUAAAGAGUGUUUCAGCAAUUAUUUAUUGUUGUCUUUUGUUUUUCUAAGGGUCAUUGUGAAAGCAUGAAGCAUUCUCUCCCCUACUCCAGAUAACCCUACAUCUGUCAUGCUACUCUCAGCUCCAAGUCACACUUGCAGAAACUUAAACGAUAAGGAGAUGAAUUCUAUCACAUAAUAAGAACUUCAGGAGUAGGGUAUUCCAGGGCUGGCUCAUUCAAGAAAGACAUCAAAGAUCUGGAUUUCCACCUUCCUGUUCGCCUAUCUCUGUGUCAGCUACUCUCAUGAUAACAGGAUGGCUGCAACAGCUCCAGGCAUCACCUCUUCUCACAGGUGUCCAAAGGCAGAAGCAAACAUAUGUAUGUGUGAGUUUUAAAAGCCAGAAACUCAGUUCCUGUCACAUUUCAUUGUUCAGAAUUAUCGUGUGCCUAUGUGACCAUGUCACAUGCCUAUGUCUAAACCAGUUCCUGGCAGGGGGGUAUUACCAUGGUGGGUUUAGACUUACCAAGAUUCACCCUCUGAAUUGGAGAGGGGCCCUGUUCCUAGACAUGCAGAUUCUAAAAGGGUGAAUGCAAAACAAAGUCAUGUCUUAGGAAAUAUAGGACAGUUGGGGAUAAAUUUAAGUAGAUUGAGUAGGCCACCAAUGGCGUUGUCUCUGAAUCUCACAUCUUUUUCCUUCUUAAAAAAGCCACAAUAUGAUGUUACUGAUGAGUUUGGAGUUGGGGGGAGGAGAUGGAUGCCGUCUCAUCUCCCUUCCUCCCUGGCUUUAUGAUCUGUCCUGUUUUGUAGGGGGACAUUCCCACCUUUGUUUGCCUCUUCACCUGUGUUUGUCCUUCAUUGUUGUUCCAGCGCAGUUGCCAGCAGAACGCAGAACAGUCUGGAUAAAUGAAACAGAGCUGACAGGUCUCUUAAUGAAAGCUUGUUUGCACACUCUGCAUUUCUUGUGAUCGCUUUGUACCUGAGAGCCUUUAGGUGUGGAUUUUUACAUAUGAGUGUUUGUCGUUCUUUUAAUUAAAUCCUGUGGAAAUGGA